UCCUUCCCCAAAAUAAAUAUUAAUGGAGAACACCAAGGACCCUCUCCCCUUCCUCUACAAACGUGGCAUCGUCUUCUGAAUCCUUCCCUACCUCGGCAGGUUCAAAAGCUGGAAAUCCAUUCUCAAAACCCACUGUAAAGAAUCUGCCAAAUUCUACGAUGAGAAUGAACCAGCUCUGAAGCGCCUACAUUCAGUCACGAAGUACACAGACUUUUACUCGAUGAUGGAUACUAUUGGGGCUGACUGAGGAGUUGUGAAGAGCAAGAAGUUUACUGAGAAUGGGUAUUUGAGGAUUUUUUGUGAGAAGAAUGGGUUUAAGAGGAUUUUGGAGAAGCUGGAGAAUGCCAGGUUUAGGGUAUAUGGAAGAUUGGAGAUGAAAGGGGUGGAUAAGGUGAAGCCUGAGGAGGUGAAGGGGUUUUUAGAGAAGUCUGAGCAUCAGAGAUUGGAUUUUCUGGCAAUGUGGUUUGAUGAGGCGUUUGUGGGUCCUUUUAUGGGUGGUAUGAAGUAUAUACUACCUGUAGUUCAUGAAGAGAUCUUCUUCCAUGCGAUGAAUUUUAGUUCAGAGGACUUACAGCAUAUCCUUAGUUUGAAUAAAUUUGUUAAAAGGAUGGUCUUUUCGAACUGAUUUUUUAAUCCAAAUUCUAUAUCUGACAAAUCUGAGACUGGAUAUACAAUUAAAUACAUCAGUGUUUUUGGAACUAUAAACUCAAAAGAUCGCUUAGAUGAAUUGUUUAAAGUCCUUAACAAGACAGAUAUCAAAGAUUCUCUUGAAGCUAUUCAUAUUUAUGCCACCCAUAACAGAACCUUAGAUCUGCAGGAAGAGUUAUAUCUCCAAGGCUACUCAGAUGUAAAAGUAAUUGAGGAUAAUUACAUUCCAGUUAACAAGACAAUGGUAAUGGAAAAAUAUAGCUAGCUGAAAUUUCAUAAUUUUAAUAAAAUGU